AUAUUCACUAAGUGACACAAUAAUCACGCAAUUUAUUAAAAUAUUUAUUCCCAUGAUAUCUAACUCUUUGACCACAAAAUAGUUAAAAUAUACAUGUCUUGCAUAAUAUGUUUGGCAAUCCAUAUGCUUAUGUGUGGCCAACAGAACACUAUUUAUAAACUCCUUAUAUAAUACAAAAUUAGGCACAACUCCAAAAAGUUAUCACACGUCAACUUUACAGAAUCAACACAUUAAAAAUGUUUAUAACAGUGACAAUUAGUUGUGUACUAAUUGUUUCAGGCAUUAUUGCUUGGUACUUUAAGCGUCGAGAGAAAAUGUCCUUGUUUAAGAGAUUGGGAAUCCCCGGCCCCGAACCCAAUCUGAUUACCGGCAAUUUGAUGGCAUUCUUCGGGACACCAAAUGUGGAAUUUUACUCUCAACUUAUUAAUCGUUACGGACCGAUUGUCGGCUACUAUUUGGGCUCAAAACCCAUGAUUAUUACAAAACACUUGGGACUCAUCAAAGAGAUACAGCGUUCGCGUGACUUCGAGGACAGACCCCGACUCGUGCCGGGAGGUAUUAACCCGAGCUCUAAGCGGUGCAAAAUGUUGGGCAAUUUGCCGGUCAAUGAAUGGCGAGAAUUGCGAAAGAAGUUAAACACCGGCUUCACGACCACUCAAUUGCGACAAAUGGUGCCUUUAGUUCAGCAGAAGAUUGACAAAUUCAUUGACAAGUUAUCUGAUAAGGAAAGCUUUGAGAUAGACUUUUAUAAGUAUUAUCAACGCCUGACACUAGACAUCAUCGGUCGCACGGCUUUCGGUGUGGACACUGAUGUUCAGUACAAUCGAAACGACAGAUUUCUGAUCGCUGUUAAGCAAGAGUUUGUCAAAACAGCCAACAAUUUUUUGGUUAAAUUAUUGCUUUGUUUUCCAGAGUUUUAUUACAUAAUUCAAGGCUUUCGGAAACUCAUUGAAUACGUUAAGGAAACCAUAAGAUUGACGUCAACAUCGCUUCUGUGGACGGACUGCGAGACAACUCUAAUGAUGAGAAAAUCUGGUCAAAGAGUCGCCGACGACGGCAAAGAUCUGUUGCAGAUAAUGAUCGACAAGGGUUUGUCCGACGAGUAUCGCUCAAACUAUUUUGUUCAAUGA